AUGGGAAUCAGUUCAACCCCGAAUACGGAACUAUCGCCGCCAGAAAGCCCUUUCGAGGGGUUCAAGGGGAACCGGGAGGCGGCUCAGGCAAAGUUGUCCAAGUUGACACAGGAGGAGAAAGCCAAAAAGGUUUCCCUUCUCACAGCAGCAGACUUCUGGCGAACAAAGUCGAUUCCGUCCAAAGGUGUACCAGCUGCCAAGACCAGCGAUGGUCCGAAUGGUGCCAGAGGAGGCAUCUUCGUCGGGGGCACUAAGGCUGCCCUCUUUCCUUGUGGAGUGUCAUUAGCUGCAACAUGGAACAAGGACCUCCUGUACGAGGUUGGCCAGCAUCUUGCAGACGAGGUCAAGGCAAGAUCGGCCAACGUCUUGCUGGCGCCGACUGUCUGCAUGCAUCGUCAUCCCUUGGGCGGCAGGAACUUUGAGUCAUUUUCGGAAGAUCCCCUGUUGACAGGCAAGCUGGCUGCGCAGUACAUCCGAGGCAUACAGCAGAAGGGUGUGGCGGCCACAAUCAAGCAUUUUGUUGGUAAUGAACAGGAGACCCAUCGGUUGACCAUCGAUUCGAGGAUCGGCGAACGUCCCUUACGCGAGCUGUAUCUCCGCCCGUUCGAAAUCGCGAUUCGAGAGGCUAAUCCGUGGGCGGUGAUGUCCUCGUAUAAUCUGGUGAAUGGAGUCCAUGCUGAUAUGCAUGAGCAUACCCUGAAGGACAUCCUUCGGGGGGAGUGGGGUUAUGACGGUACUGUCAUCUCUGACUGGGGCGGCAUCAACUCAACUGCCGAGUCCCUAAAAGCAGGCUGUGACAUCGAGUUCCCCUUUUCUACCAAAUGGAGAUUCGACAAGGUCCUCAAGGCUUUGGAGGACGGCGAGAUUGAUCAACAAGACAUCGACCGCGCGGCGGAAAAUGCAUUAACAUUGGUUGAGAGGGUGAAGGGCAGCGACAUGUCCGAAGAGCUACCUGAGCGGGAGGACGACCGGCAGGAGACGAGGCAGCUUAUAAGAGAAGCAGGCGCCCAAGGGCUGACCCUCCUCAAGAAUGAGGGGCAAAUCCUGCCGAUCAACCCAAGGACCGCCAAGGUUGCUGUCAUCGGACCCAAUGCAAACCGGGCAAUAGCCGGAGGCGGUGGCAGCGCGAGUCUGAACCCUUAUUACAACACCCUGCCACUCGCGAGCAUCCGGAACGCCUCCCACCAGGACGUCAUCUAUGCCGUUGGAUGCCACAUCAACAAGUGGCUGCCGGUAGCAUCGCCGUACUGUGCGGCCAAGGACGGCAAGCAAGGAGUCACCCUCGAGUGGUUUGCCGGCGACAAAUUCCAGGGUUCUCCUGUCGUCAUUCAGAGGAGAGCCAACACCGAUCUGUUCUUGUGGGACUCUGCACCACUAGCUCAGAUCGGGCCCGAGUGGUCGGCCAUUGCGACAACGUAUCUCACGGCUUCCACCACUGGCAAGCACACCGUCAGCUUCAUGAGCGUAGGCCCCGGAAGGCUCUUUGUCGAUGGGACGCUCUCUCUGGAUCUUUGGGACUGGACCGAGGAGGGCGAGGCCAUGUUUGACGGAUCCGUCGACUAUCUGAUCGAAGUCGACAUGGUGGCCGGCAAGCCGAUCGAACUCCGGGUGGAGAUGACGAACGAGCUCCGGCCGCUGGCCAAGCAGAAGCAGUUCAACAUGACGCACAAGUACGGCGGCUGCCGCAUCGGAUUCAAGGAGGCGGACCAGAUUGAUUAUCUCCAGGAAGCCGUCGAGGCCGCCAAGGCCGCAGAUGUCGCGGUUGUCAUUGUUGGUCUCGACGCAGAGUGGGAGUCGGAGGGCUACGACAGGCAGACCAUGGAUCUGCCGUCUGACGGGAGCCAGGACCGUCUCAUCGAGGCUGUGGUCAAGGCCAACCCGCGCACUGUCGUUGUCAACCAGUCUGGCUCUCCAGUCACCAUGCCGUGGGCAGACAAGGUGCCGACCAUCCUCCAAGCCUGGUACCAAGGGCAAGAAGCCGGCAAUGCUCUCGCCGACGUCCUCUUCGGACUGAAGAACCCCAGUGGGAAACUACCGUGCACAUUUCCCCGCCGGCUCGAAGAUACCCCGGCCUACCACACCUGGCCUGGCGAGAACCUGGAGGUCGUCUAUGGAGAGGGCAUGCACAUUGGGUACCGACACUAUGAACGCGUCAAGGUCGCUCCCCUCUUCCCCUUCGGCCACGGCCUCUCCUAUACCACGUUCGAGUACGGUCGCCCAUCGCUGAGCUCCAAGGUCUUGACUCAGGGAGGCUCCUCGAGCACGAUCGAGAUGAUCCUGGCCGUCAGCAAUCUCGGCGACGUGGAGGGCGCAGAGACGGUGCAGGUCUACGUCCGCGACGAGAAGUCGAGGCUGCCGCGGCCCGAGAAGGAGCUCGUGGCGUUCGAGAAGGUCUUCUUGGAGCCGGGCGAGACGAAGCAUAUCCGCAUCUACCUGGACAAGUACGCGGUCGGGUACUACGACACGUCGAUCUCGCGAUGGGUUGCGGAGGAGGGCAAGUUCAACGUCCUCGUGGGCGCCUCGUCGGCUGACAUCAAGUUUCAAACGUCCUUCGAGGUCAACGAGUCCUUUACUUGGGUCUUUUACUAG